GUUCACUCGCCCUCCUCCCUCACCAUUAUCUCUGUCACGUUUGGCUCCCUCUCUCUCAGCCUCAUUCUUCUCUCUGGCUCUGUCUGUCCCCAUGAGUUUGGUGCUGAGUGCGGUAAUGACCGCAGCGCGUAGAGCAGGAAGCUGAUCAGCUGGAAUAGAGCACAGGAAAGUGACAGGAAAGUCUGAGUCGGACAUCAGAGGGGAGAGAUCACGUGUGACUGGGGACCAUGACGACAGAGGUGGGAUCUGAAACGGAGGUGAAAAAAGAGCCGGAGAAGGCGGAGGAGCAACCUGCAGAACCUGCACCACCAGCCACCAACCAGAUAGACGAGGUCAAGGCCGUUGAGGCCGCCGAGCAGUCCAACGAAAGCCCCGCUCUGGCCACAGACUCAGCAGAGGCAAAGGAGAACCAGGAGGAGGCCCAGUCUGCCGAUAACGCCACAGGACCGGAGGGAGAGGAGCCCCCAGCCUCACCACCAGCUUCAGAGAAGAAAGGCAUCUCAAGGUUCCUCCCUCCAUGGCUUAAGAAGCAGAAGUCUCAGAGCGCAGUGGGACCAAAAGAGAGCCAGGUGACGCCCAAGGAAGAGGGAGGUGUGGUUCUGGUGAAGGAGGUGGGUGAGGAGGUGGAGCAGGCCGAAGCAGAGCAGACAUCAUCGACGACAGCAGCUGAGCCACAGGUUGACGAAGAGCAAGUGAACGGCGAGGCGGAGCCAGAACAGAAAGAGGAAGUGAAUUCAGAGGAACCAGCGGAGAAUCAUUCCACUGGCAGUGCAGAAACUCAGCCGGCUAAGGAGGAGAAAGCAUCAGAGAAAUCUCAGGAGAAGAGUGCAGCGGAGGAGAAAAAAGAGACAGAGAAAGGAGGAGAGGAGAAGAAAGACCAGGAAGAGAACUUGAAGCCCGAGGGAGGACGUUAUUUUAUCAAGUCGCCGCUGAAACUGACCAAGAAGGUGAAGAUGGUAAUGUGUCAUGUGACCAUUCUGGAUGGAAGCCAGUUCCCCUGCGAGGUGGAGAAACGGGCCAAAGGCCAGUACCUGUUUUUCAAAGUGUGUGAAGCCCUGAACCUACUGGAGAAGGACUAUUUUGGGUUGAGUUACAAAGACAACGCAGACCAGACGUGCUGGCUGGACCCUACAAAGGAGAUCAAACGUCAGAUUUGCAAUACCUCCUGGCAGUUAGCGUUCAAUGUCAAGUUCUACCCUCCUGAUCCAGCCCAGCUAACUGAGGAUAUUACCAGAUAUCUCCUGUGCCUUCAGCUCCGGCAGGACAUAGCUUCGGGGCGUCUACCCUGCUCCUUCGUCACCCACUCUCUGCUGGGUUCCUACUCCCUGCAGGCCGAGCUGGGAGACCACGACCCCGAUGAGCAACGCCUCGACUACAUCAGUGACUUCCAGUUUGCCCCCUCACAGACUAAGGAGAUGGAGGAGAAGGUGGUGGAGCUCCACAAAACUCACAGGGGGAUGACUCCUGCUCAAGCAGAUACCCAGUUCUUAGAAAACGCCAAGAAGUUGUCGAUGUAUGGUGUCGAUCUCCACCAUGCCAAGGACUCUGAGGGAGUGGACAUCAUGUUGGGAGUGUGUGCCAAUGGCCUGCUGAUCUACAAAGACCGACUCCGGAUAAACCGCUUUGCCUGGCCAAAAAUCCUCAAGAUCUCCUACAAACGUAGCAACUUCUAUAUCAAAAUCAGGCCGGGAGAGACGGAGCAGUUUGAGAGCACCGUGGGCUUCAAGCUGCCCAACCACCGCUCUGCCAAGAGGGUCUGGAAGGUCUGCGUGGAGAAUCACACCUUCUUCAGGUUGAUGACUCCAGAAGCGCCCACUAAAGCUAAGUUCCUCACACUGGGCUCUAAGUUCCGCUACAGUGGGCGGACCCAGGCCCAAACACGACAGGCCAGCACCCUCAUCGACAGGCCGGCACCCUACUUCGAGCGCACCUCCAGCAAGCGCAUCUCACGAAGCCUGGAUGGAGCUCCAGUGAUCAACGUGAUCGAUGCCCAGGACUCGGCCCCUACCUCUGUGGGGAACGGCAGGGAGCCUGGCCUGGAACUUUCCUCUGACUCCUCCAAGGUAGAGGAGGAGCCUAGCGAAGGGGCAGCGGCCACACCUACUGAAGGCACUGAGAUGAAAAGAGAUGAGCCAGACUCCUCCCAGCAGGACCUGGAUAAGACUCAGGAGGAUGUUUUGAAACAUCAGGCUAGCACUAGCGAGUUAAAGCGCAGUUUUAUGGAGGCCACCCCUGAGACGCGUCCCAGUCAAUGGGAAAAGCGCCUCACUGCCAGCCCGGCUACCAGCUUGCGUCUGCAGGCCCAAGGGAGGAGCCCCCCACCCACAACCCAGGAGCCUCUCCCUGACCUCACAGUGGACACGGUCUCUAAGAGUUCAGAUGACAAACAGAAAUCAGACAAGACAACGUUGCAGGCAGCAGAGGUUGAGAUAGAAGAGACAGUAGUCGUCGAGGAGAUCAGGGUGGCACCCAAAGGCUCCGUCAUCACCACCCCCGAGGUGGUGGUCACCCCUGUCGCCGUGGAGACAGAGGUCGAGAAGCCCAAAGAGGAAGUGAUGGAGGAAGUGAUGGAGGAAGUUAAUGAGGAGCAGAAGAGGCCUGUGAGCGUGUCCUCGGACAGCCACAGUGAGAGCGAGGAGGAGGCAGGGGAGUACCACCCCCAGGUCACUGUCAGCGCCUCAGUGGACAAGAUCAAAGAAGAGCCUGAGGAAGAGGAGGAUGAAGCGGUAGACCAUGAAGAACCAGAGCAAGUCGCAGAUCCCGAACCACUCCCAGAGGUUGAGGUAGAGGCCAUGCCUUCCCCUGCAGUAGUGGAAGAAACCCCUAUGGCAGAGCCAGAGACGGCCCUUGUGGCAGAGGAGAGCACCGAGGACAUCCUGGUUACCCUCGAUGAGGCCCCUAACGGGCAUGCUGAGGACCAGCCUGGCCUGGUGGCUGUGGAAGAAGAGGAGGAGGAGGAGCCCAGAGUCAACGGGGACGCGUCUCACGCUGAGACGGAGCGCAUUCCUCGGGUUAUUUGUUGCUCUGAGCCACCUGUGGUGAAGACCGAGAUGGUGACCAUCUCAGACACGUUUGCGGCCCAGAAGACUGAGAUUACCACUAAGGAGGUUCCCAUCGUGCACACAGAGACAAAGACCAUCACUUACGAGGCUGCACAGCUGGACGGCAGUGGAGACGGUGAACCAGGCAUUCUCAUGACCGCCCAAACCAUUACCUCUGAGUCGCUGUGCACCACCACCACCACACACAUCACCAAGACAUUAAAAGGCGGUCUCUCAGAAACCAGGAUCGAGAAGCGCAUUGUCAUCACCGGAGACUCAGACAUCGACCACGAUCAGGCCUUGGCCCAGGCUAUAAAGGAAGCCAAAGAGCAGCACCCUGACAUGUCAGUGACCCGGGUGGUGGUCCACAAAGAGACAGAGCUGGCCGAUGAGGGCGAGGACUGAGGCGCCAGAGCUGAAGAGCCUGUGAAGUUCAUACAUGGAUGUUUGAGAAACUCCUGUCAUCUCCCAAACCGAGAGUCAACCUGGUGAGAAGACAAGGCGAAGACAACCCAGAGGCUGAACUCCUGUGUGUUUCAUCGCACGCCUUCCUUUUUAUCACUCAGAAGAGAACCACUUAGCUAACAUUUGUAGUGUGUUUUUAUUCUUAGGUGCUUUUUGCUAAAAGAAGAAAAAAUGGCUAUCAUUAUUAAAACCAGAUAGGAUAUAUCAAGUGGUAAUUUUUAUUGUUGAGUAGUAUUCACAUUCCUAGUAUGUACAGACAGUGGUGUUAUGAGAAAGUACAUUUCAAUAUCCAGCUUCCUGGAUCUGUAUGAGGACAGGAAGUAAGACUAGGUGGAUAUAUUAGCUUUGGACCUAGUCUUGUUCCAUGUUGUCUUAGAGCCAGAUGUUUAUCGUUUUUUUUGGGGGGGGGGGGGGAGAACAGCAAAUUAAUUUAAUUGGGUGAGUUUCCAAGGGACCAGCAAAGGGUGACGCACUGUGUCAUUUUGUACAUUGCAAUAUAGUGUCAAAACUGAAGCAUUCCAUUAAAGUGCAGGUGCUUUUCCAAUACCUCCCUCAGAAAAAAAACUGUCAAAAAUAAAAAGCUUGGAACUUUUUGUUUUCUGUGACUUUCUGGCAUCAUUAAUCAUAAAUAUAUUUGUAGAACAGUUUUUUGUCUUUUAAACUUUUUUUGUAUUUAUCUGUAAACUGAUUUACUGUAGAUGUUGAGGUGUGUUUGCCCCUUUUUUAAAUAUUUUUAAUAUAUUUCAGAGGUUUGACUGCUAAAAGAAACACAAUUGCCACCAUUUUAAUAUUUUCCUGUAGAUAAAAGAGAUUGCUGCCUCAUGCCUAGUGCUCUCUACAGUCUGACCAAACCCAAUGACGGCAUCAAUUAGCUCUUUGGACCAUGUGUAUAGCAGAUCAUCUCAGAUUUUCAGCAGCUUGAAAAUUGUUUUCCCCCUCUCCACCACAGCCACCUACCCCUCUGUGUAACACUGAAAUAAACAUUUGUUAUUCUCUAA